AUUCCUCCCAUUUCCAUUACCAAAAAAUGGGGAUCAAACGGGGCUAAACUAUAAUUUGAGCAUAUAGAUAGAUAUUCAUUUUUGUUACUACCCACAAUGUUUAUGUAACAAAUAUACAGAGGAGGAGACAGCGUGGAGAAAAGAGAGAUGGCAGCAGAUCUCUAGGCCUUUUAAGACGCUGGGACCAAUUUUGGUCAACUUAGAGAAACACCAACAGAAUAUAAACACCAAAGAAAACACACAUGUAUGUAUAUCAAGGAAAAGGAGAGGACUAUCAUCUCAUCUGUUACCUUCUUGAUUCUAACCCCCCUUUCAUCCUCAUCCCUUCUUCAGAACUCCACAAUAGUUGGCUAAAGAACUUGAGACUUUUUGCAAAUUCUUUCGUUUUACAAGAUCAUAGAUUGAGAAAUGGGAACUGGUUGGAGAAAAGCUUUUUGCACAACAAUCCCAAGAGACAGUAGAGAAGCCAUUACUACACCACCAGAUGAGCAGAGCCCGCCUAUUGGUUUUCAAUCGCUUGGAAGCAGCAAUUCCUCUACUCCUCGGUUGCGUUGCAAAACCAGUAUUAAUAACAAUACAAAUGAAAAUGUUGGUAUUUAUGCUCAAAAUCCAUCAACCAAAGAUGAUCUCAUUAGUCCAAAACUCCUUCAAUGCAAAACAACCCCAAAAUCUUAUAGCAAAAGUAAAAGCUUUGGCUCCACCCCAUCUUCUCCAAGAUCCCCCUUUUCCAUCCUCAAGAAAACCCUUCGCCUAUCCAGAAAUAGUUGUGGAGUGUGCAUGCAAAGUGUGAAGACAAGCCAAGGCAUGGCAAUAUACACAGCUGAAUGUUCCCACACUUUUCAUUUUCCUUGCAUAGCCACACGGAUUAGAAAUCAAAACUCCCUCAUUUGCCCAGUUUGCAAUACUGCCUGGAAAGAUGUCCCUUUACUAGCCAAUAUCCAUAAGCUUCAAGAACAAGCACAGUCUGAUGAAACCAAACAUAAUAGAGUGCUACAAUCUCCAAAAAUCCCCCAACAAGAAACAAGGGCAUUUGAUGAUGAUGAGCCACUGGUUUCACCCUCAGCCACAGCUUCCACAAAGUUUGUUAUUAAGGAGAAAGAUGCUGCUGGUGAAGAAUUUCAGGGAUUUUUCGUGAACACCAUUUCGAGCAGUAGUUCUUAUCUACAAGACAAAGAUGGCCGAAAUGUUGUGGUGAGUUUAUUGCCUGAGGCUGCUGUUAUUUCAGCGGCCAGAACCCACCAGACGUACGCUGUCGUUUUGAAGGUUAAAGCCCCUGCCAUGCUUCCGCCACCACCGACUCACGUUCUGGACCCGGCGCGACGUGCGCCUAUUGACUUGGUUACUGUUCUUGAUGUAGGUGAGAGCAUGAGCGGAGCCAAGCUUCAGAUGCUGAAACGAGCCGUGGGUUUGCUUAUUUCCUCUCUCGGCUCGGCUGACCGGCUCUGUAUAAUUGCCUUCGCAGCUAGUCCAAAAAGGCUCAUGCCGCUGAGGAGAAUGACGGCUCAGGGUCAAGGAUUGGCUCGGAGCAUCAUGGACCGGCUUGUCUGUAGCCAAGGUAGUAGCGCCUGUGAAGCCUUGAAAGCAGCCACAAAAGUUCUUGACGAUCGGCGGCAUAAGAACCCAGUUGCAAGCAUUAUUUUACUAUCCGACGGUCAAGAUGACAGUGUUCAAGCCAACAACACCGCUGCCGCCGCCGCUACUUACCAACGGCGAGAAUCGCCCCAGGUUUCAUCCACUCGUUUCGCUCACGUCGAAAUUCCGGUGCGUUCAUCUGGGUUUAGCCCCCAGCCAGCCGUGGACGCCUUUUCCAAAUGCGUUAGUGGGCUAUUGAGCGUGGUUGUUCAAGACUUGAAAAUUCAAAUCGGCUUCAGUCAUGGCUCAGAUCCAGCCGAAAUUUCGGCCAUAUACUCCUGCCAUGUGCGUCCUACGGUGAUGAACUCAAGCUGCAUUCUAGUCGGCGAUCUCUACGCCGAGGAGGAACGGGAAUAUCUCGUGGAGAUGAAGGUUCCAAUUGUUGGGCCCCACUCACACCACUAUCAUGUUUUGUCAGUUAGAUGCAGUUACAAGGACCCAGCAACUCAGAAACCAAUCUACGGUGUGAAGCAACCCUUGCCGGUUCCCAGGCCACGUAAUACUGCCACUGGAUCAAGAUCCUCCAUUAUUGAACAACGGUUAAAAAAUCGUUUCGUUACAGUGCGCGCAAUUGGGGAGUCUCGGCGAUUAAUUGAGCACAACGAGGUGUCGAGCGCUAUGCAGCUGCUGUCAUCGGCUCGUGCGCUAAUGAUACAGUGCACAUCAGAGUCGGCCGGCGAGUAUGUUAGAGAGCUGGAUAUUGAGCUGGCUGAGCUGCAAUGGAAACAGACGACGAUGAUGAUCCAACGGCGGAGAGUUAUUGGGAGGGAAAUGGGUUUUUUGAUGGAUAAGCGUGAGCAGCCACUGACGCCGACAUCGGCUAGGAGAGCCGCUGAGAAGCUGGCUAAGAUGAAGAACAGAGUGAGCGACUUGCACGGCUUUGAAAACGCUAGGUUUUAGAUUUUCCAAGAAAAUAAAAGAGUUAUUCUUGGUGUACAUAGUAGGCGUCCGACGUCCAUAAGACCCUUACGAACUUGGUGAUGUAUAUCAAGAAUAAUUCAAAAUAAAAGGGUUAUUCUUGGUGUACAUAAUAGGCGUCCGACGUCCAUAACACCCUUACGUUGGUGAUGUAUCAAGAAUAAUCCAAAAUAAAAUGAUUGUAAAAUAGGAUUGAAGGUA